CAAUAUGGCGUUCGACAAAACAUGGAUAGUCCUAAUCGCUGGUUGUGGUGUCUUAGGGCUCGCUGUGUGGGGUGGACUUAACGCAAUUACUCUAAAAAUGAUUCUCUUAUGGAUGUUCAUCGGCUUUGGGUUCCUGACCUUCCUAAUGCAUUUGUUUGGCUCGCCGAUUAGUAUUUUGUUGGGAAAAUUUUUCCAUAAUUCUCCCGACGAACAACAGACCAGUCAAGGUAUCCUACGUGUACAAACGUGAAUAUCUGUUUACGUGAUCAACUGUCUCAAGAUCAGUUUGCCAACAAAGCGUGCUCAUGGUCAAGUUUCAUUGUAUCCUAGAUGGGAUUGGAUGUAUCCCAACAAAAUAUCCGUAAUUUUUUUCGUGGCAUGGCUGAUGCUACAUAUGACUAUUUUUGUUGCUCAUUUGCCAGGUGUUGAAAUCGUAAUUAAUGCGAUUUAAGCACCCGUAAAGCUGUUUAUUUUAAACUUACUGAAUCACUUGCAACAGUUAGUGUAAUUCCUUUAAAACACGGUUGAUAUCCUCAAUAAUACUAAAAUUAUGAGUAGAUUUCCAUAGAAUUAUUUGCGCAUGUUUUGUCUUUAUUAGUAAAAUAUUCUGAAACGGAACUGAAAGAAAGAAGGCAAAGAGCGUUGGAAAUGAAACAAUUCCUGCAAGAUAAUAAGGUAAAUUAAUAUGAACAUAACAAAUGGCGUGGUGGCAGAGAUGAAAAUAAAAAUAUAGUGGGAGGAAACAUUGACAACAAUAAUUUCUCGAAAGCAAACUCUAUCAUACUACAGUGGAACAUUCCCCAUCAACCACUGAGCUGAAUCAAACUUGAACAUAUUGAACAAAGCUUGUUAGAAUGAAACUUCAAUAGGUAGCAAUUUAUAGUUUAGUUUCACUGAAAUUGUGUUAAAUUGCUGCAUUCUAGUGUCCAUUGGAUUAAUAUUGUGUUCUUUUCUACAUUUACACUUGCAUCCACAAAGCUAAUUGAGAGACAUUUGAAUUUCUCUAGGUUGACAUCUAUAGAGAGAACAUUUUAGAUCCAAGAGAAGAGAUUCUUAAAGCAAAAAGAGAGGCAGAGUUCUACAAGUUUGACAGCAGGUGGAGAGGGAAGGGUCAAAGAUUAGGGGUGAGAUUUGCCAGCUGAGUUUUAAGUGCAUUACAGCUGUAUGUUAAAAGGUUUUAUAAACUCCGUAUGUUUUAAGUGUAUUUUUGAAUACACAAAGUAGAAUUAUAAUAAAAAGAAUAGAGGGUUAUAUUAAUAGUAUUCAAACAAGUUCAAAUAUGAAUUUUCAGCAUGAGUCUUAAACUCUGAAAGGCUUGGUUUACCAGAGUGGAUGUAAUAAAAAGUGCAUGGCCUGAGUGACUCUUAACAAAAUUUCUAUGUAUGAUUAAGUCUGUGGUUUAAGCUAAGUUGCUUUUGUUGUUAUUAUCUUUAAAAAGUGUUGAAUUGUUGAGGUUAAUCCCCUUAAAGACUACAGUGACAGUAAUUUUUUCCCAAAAUUGCUUUUUGCUUGAUCAGAAGGGACAUGUUGAAGAACAAGCUGAAGAAGACUUUUUAUCCCAAGAGUUUUUGCUGCAUGAAGAUCCUAGCUCAGAAGAAGGUACAAACACAGAACAGAUUCCACAUAAUGAUGGUACCUCAAACUUCACUGACAAUGGGUGCAUGUCUAGAAAAGAACAGACUGAAACAGAUUCUGUGCGUCAAAGGAGAAACAGACAGAGUCGUGAGGUAAUCUAUGUUUAUGCUGUUCUUAACGUACCACAUGAAGAAGUAUAACAUUAACCCUUUACAUCCUAACAUCACUAUACACAUUCUCCAUACUCUUCCCUAUAAAUUUCCUAAGGUACUGACAAGGAAAAUUUGUUUUAGAAUCAAGGGCCUCUUUUGUUGGGGAUCAUUUCCUUUAGUCUUGUGACCUUAUUGAGUUAUUCAGGGAAAUUUAGAGAACAAAGUUUUUGUCUUAGUAUAUAAAUGUACCUGCAGUUUAUACUGUAAUUACAACUGCAUGACCCCAUGUAAUUUAGGACAUUGUUACACCAGACUCUGUGUAUUUUUCGACACACAUUUGGUUCGUUUGUUUAAUUGUGUUCAAAUUUUUUGUGAUAUUUGUAUAGUUCAUGGAUAUCAGGUGUAGGUUACAUUUUCUCUUAUUUUCAUUUGCAACAUAAGGUGCACAUGUGUUAACCUAAAAAAAAUUACAUGAUUUAUUUUACUUUAUUACAGUUGCCUGAAGAGCCAGAUCCUAAGGAGAAUGGGGUAACAGCAUGAGCUUGUUGUUCCUAGAAGUUUUAACCAAAAUAUCUUCAUUAACAAAAAUGAAAGGCUUAUAAGCAAUGUUUACUUUUAUUUUAUCAGGUAAUAACUGUUGCCCUUCGUUGUCCUGAUGGAAGUGUUAAUAAGAGGAGAUUUGUGGUGCAGUCCCAAAUUAAGGUAACAAUUACUUGACGCCCUCUUCGAUUUUGGUUUGUUAUGUUGAAUUUAGUAUACCUGUCAAGUCAGACGCAUUAUGCAUGUUCCUCACGUCCGUAUUUAUUAAAAACGUCGAUCACAGAUUUACAGGACAUUUUUCAUCAGACACUGCUAUUUUUAUGAACCUUUGGUAUUCACCAGAAUGUCCACAGGGAUCUUUUAUAAUUUUUCAAGGGUUAUCAGAUUCUUCUUGGAAAUUCGGAUGUUAUGAAUAAAUCACACACGUUUGAGUCGAUCUACCACUGCCUGUGUGCAGGUCACCUUUCAAAACGCUUUGCAGCACGCCAUAACUUGCUAACGGAUUUCGAACGAAAUAUAAGACCAGCCAUUUCGUCAUGGAAGCCCAAAUUAAAGUAGACGAGAUGUGUAUCUCUUAACGCUCAAAGAUUACAGACUGAGUUCUUUUUCGACAGCCUCUUAUAGGCUCUAAGAGACAGCUGAGACGAACGACAGAACUACAACAGUUGUUUCGAGAGUCUGAUACAGGCUAACUUAUCUGAAUGUGCAAAUGCAGAGUUAAUAUGAGGUUUCAAAGGGUUUUUUGUCGAGGUGAUCGGUAGCUGAGUUUUCCGCUUACAAGAGUGUCCCUUUUUGAUCAGAGAUUUGACCGUUUUUUAUUCAUAUAACCUGUUUUAUCCCCAACUUGUUACUCUUUUAUUUACAGGUGCUGUUUACAUAUGCUGAUUGGCUGGGCUAUUCGCCCUCUCGUCAUAUUUUAUUAACGACGUACCCUAGAAAACAGUUAUCUGAAGUAGAACAAACUUUUAGUGAGGCUGGGUUAACUCAUGAUACAGCACUGGUACUGGAAGAAAUAUAA